AACCUUAGUUUCUUACCUACUAAAUCUGACACAUUUCACUAGACCGUUUUUAUUAUUCUUAAGAAUUAGUCGUCAUUCUCAAUCAUUGAUUAUGACCAUAGAAAAGUGAAGUUUUCCUCAUUGUCAUAGAUAUCAGGAAUUCCUAUGCCGUCUCCGAAAUAGCUAGCUACUGAUGAUCGCGUCGAAGCUAUAAUCGUCAUUGUCUACGAAGUGCUAAAGAAACAAGAGAAUAAGGUUACCCUUACGGAAAAGCUUCGCCUUAUCGCCACCAGACUUGAAUUUAACGCCACACACUAAUUUACUAGGGAAGACUCUAACGACCUGCACAGAGAAGCCAACCAAGUAUCAUUACCAAGAGCAAAUCAAAUGACCAUAGCCGACACUGGAAUGUGAGCUUGACUCAAAUUUGAAACCGCCACGACCAAAAAAAUCGCGACGCUAGUGCUGUCUUUGAGAACCGAAGAAACAGAAGCCUAUGACCCGCAACUGCUAACCACAUGUGUCGAUGGGGUAAACAACAUAAGAGAACCCCAAGAGUCAAACUUUUGAGAAUAUAAAGUUGUCGCCAAUUCUGGGAAGUCUCGAGCAGUGACAAGAAAAGGAAUCUAACAUGAAGAGAGUUACGUAGCUGCCAUCAAGGGCCAUAGAUGACCGCAUGAUGAGACAGCUCGAGUAGCUAUCAUGCACUAUCACACACUGUGAACAAAAUUAGAUAUCAACUCUAACUGCAUAUCAAACCCUCGAUGCACCUCUGAUAAGAACACACGACCAGAGCUCACUUGAUUUAACCGAAAGGAAGACGAGCCUCAUGACACUGAGAGGACCGUGAAUCCAGAUUGACGAACCCAUACACCAUCUCCGAGAAAAUUGCAGAAUCUCAACAGAAACAAAUCGAACAUAUAUUCCAUCAAACCCUAAACUCGAGCACCAAGACCAUGUUCUAAAUAGAGAAAGUGAUGAAAUUGAUUCAGUUUUAAGCCCUAAGACCCAACUCCCACCAACAAAAUGACACUGCGUCUCUUUGCUGAAACUUGAGAGCAAGUUAACCACCAUCAGCGUUAUAUCGCCUCUCGAGCGGAGAACUAACCGAAGGGUGCAUCCUGAACUAGAGGUCACAACAAAGCGAAUAUGAGGAGAAGCCAAGCGGGAGCAAAAAAAGGUAGAAAGGGUAGAAAAAAUCAUGUGGCGCCGACAUGUACCGGUCGGUUGCCGGAGAUGAAGUUCAAGGCAAUAAGAUUUGAGAGGUUAGGGAAAGAAGAAAGAACCGAUUUCGAAUGAGCAAAGGAUGUUUUUUAUUGCAUAAUAAAAAUAAUUUGCAUUCUGUGGGUUUUAUAUUUACAUUAGUCUUCAGCCGACAUACCGUAUAUAUGUAAUUUAGUGCUUCAAAUUAAACCUAGUCUAGCCGAAAUGUUAUUCACAUUUUAAAAUAAGAUAAUUCUCAUGAUAUGGGGGUGAUUGGUUGGGUUGUAACUGUAGAAAAUUUAUUUUAGCAUUUUGUCUGUAGGAUUUUUAAUUUGGCUUUAAGUGAUGUAGCUUUAAAAUUUCCUACAACUAAAAAAAAAGAGCUUUAGAAAAUAAGAUGUUUACAACCAUUUUUUGUGUGUUUUUGCUGUAGCUUUAAUUUUUUAGUUGUAGCUUUAAAAACCAAGAUAAAACAUGAUUGGUAAUAUUUAAGGUUGUAGAUGAAAAUUAAAGCUAAAGUCACUUCCUAUAACCCAACCAAUCACUCCUAGAUCAAUCACGUAAGUUUUUAGUUCUCUAUUGUCAUAGUGUUUUGAAACGGACUCAACGGUUCAAAAAGACGUGAUUUAAUGCAUAGUAUUUAUUAUUUAUUAGCUAGAAAGUUAUUACGUCCUAGGGUUUCCGACUUGACUAAUACAUUUAUAUUUUUUAAUGUAAACUACUUUUGGAGUAAGGAAAUGAUAUGACACAAAUAUUUUUGACACAAAUAUUUUUGACACAAAUUCUUUCUACUUAUGAGAGUUCAAUUAAUUCAACAGACUGGUGACUACGUACUCUACCACAGAUUCGAAUCGGGACCUGCACGUAGCAAAUCGUACAAAGUCAAAACAGUUACGAUAUUAAUUUCAUAUCGUUAAUUCUUCAUCUUCUUUAUGUUUAAUAAAUAAAAAAAUUAAAAACCAAAUCUAGUUGCGGAACAAAAAAAUCUAUGAAUUUCUAAGUCGUCACAUCAUGUUUAAAAAGCAAAAGUAAAAAUUAGAAAAACAGUAUCUCGUGUUCCGCGUUGUAAAUAAAAAGAUAACAAACUUUUAAAAAAUAAAAUCGUAGUUACAGUACAUCCACCAACCUUUCUCGUAGGUAAGCUACAACUUUAUGUGUCCCUGGCUCUCUUUCGACCAUGUAUAUAAGUUGAUAAUACUACGAGGAACCAUUGAGAGAUUUGGAAACAUCUGAGAAGACGAGACUAGAAAUUUCAUCAAACAAUGAUACAAACAAGAACUAUCUUUUCAAACUCUUACUACACCCCAAACAAUGUCGCACUACUUUUGACUUAGAAACUUCUCACUAUAAUAUUCUUUCUUUUUACAACAACACAAAUCUAAAAUCACAUUUCAAGAAUCACAAUGGUGGAUUCAUCACUUGGUUCCGACAAGAAGAAGAAGGGUAAUAAGCAGCCUGUGUACCGUGGAGUCCGCAUGAGGAGUUGGGGCAAAUGGGUGUCCGAGAUUCGUGAGCCACGUAAGAAAUCAAGAAUCUGGCUCGGGACUUUUCCCACGGCGGAGAUGGCCAUGCGUGCUCACGACGUGGCGGCUUUGAGCAUCAAGGGAACGUCUGCCAUUCUCAACUUCCCUGAGCUUUCUGAUGUUCUCCCUCGACCCGCUUCUCUCAGCCCUCGUGACGUCAGAGCUGCGGCGACCAAAGCGGCUCUCAUGGAGUUCAAUACGACGGCGUUUUGUCACGAUAGUGAGACGAGCAAAACGGAGGCGUCAGAUAAAAGGUCAGAGACAGAGAGUGAGGGUAACGAAACCGCGUCGCUUAGUAUAAGGUCGGAUAGUGAGACUAGCGAAACGGCGUCGUUCUCUGUGACGAGCAUUGACGAGGAAAGUUCAGUCUCGGACAAUUUGGAAAAGAUCGUAGAGUUGCCAAGUCUAGGAACAAGUCUAAACGAGUCUAACGAGUUCGUGUUUUUUGACUCGUUGGAGGAUUUGGUGUACAUGCCACCAUGGUUACAUAGUGGUAUGGAAGAUGAUUUUACGUAUAACAAUGAUUCUCCAUUGAACUUAGUUUUCGAAGAAAGCUUUUCUUGGAGUCAAUUUCCCUGAUUUUUUUUUGUAAUUUUUUUUGUUGUUUUCCCGUAUUUGCUUGCUCUUUCUUUUCUUUCUUUCUUGGUUUAGUUUUCAUGGGAUUCUCUCUGUUUCUUUUUGCUUUGCACGAGAUAUCUCCAAGAUGAUGCUGUGGAAUUGACAACUUUUUGUUAUUCUCCUUGUCUAGUCGGUGAAACGAAAGUUGAUGAAAUGUGUAAGUGUGUACGUUAUUGGGUUCAGAAGAAAUAAUAACGGUAGUGUUAGUGUGUGUUU